AUGCCUAAACCACUGCUCUUUCCAUCCCAAAUUUAUCAGUUGCGAGUGCAGCUCGUCCCAUACAUCGAUCGUUCAUGUCGGGCCGCUCUUGCGAGGCUACCGACCAUUACAAUGCCACCUAGGCGCAGUUCUACUAGGCUUGCACUUGGUGCUUCUGCCGAACAAGCUAUAGAAAAUGACGAGACGACAGCAGUAUCAAGCUCGGCCCCAACUCCCAAACCUACUCGUCGCAGUACAAGAACAUCAUCCCUAAUGAUCGAGGUUGCCAUUCCAGUCAUGACGAAGGAUACAGUUUCGACUGCCUCGUCACUUUCACCGCCGUCCGUCGACUCAACCUCCCGAGAGGACAGCGUUCUUGAUACCCCGGCUACAAGCGUCGCUGUUACUCCACCAGAAUCCGAUCACAAUAUUGGGAAAGCCAGGAAAAGAGUUAGCGCAUCGACAAGAACCCAGCAACUUCGUGCCAGUGCUUUCGCUCUUCCGUCGUCUGUAAUUACAGGUUCGACCAGAGGAAAGAGGAGUGCUUCUCAAAUGCUCGCCAUUGAAUCAUCUGAUGCGGCAUUGGCUCGCAAAUUGCAGCUUGAGGAAUAUGGAGGAAGUGAUGUCAAGCGUCAACGGAAUACUUUUGAUGCGGACGACGCUACGGCAGCUCCCAUGGCCCAAGAUUCAGAAGAUGAACUGUCGCCUGCCUUGGAAGAGCAAAUGUCUUCUCAACACAGUCGACGACGCUCCCUACGCUCUCGGCCAAAAUCUCAGGUAAAAGAUGACGGUGAUUUACCCAUGUUAGAUGAUGGGGAUUAUACGGACGAUGCAGGCGACUUGGCUUAUUCUCCAUCUGAUGACAAUGUGAGCGAAGCGGAUGCGGCUUCCCCUGAUGUAGAGGAAGUCCCAGUAAUCGCGCCAUCUGCGACUCGACGAGCUCGAACUUCUAACACUCCACGCCGUGGCCGAGCUCGGGCUGCAAGUCGAGCCCAAAGAGCAAUAGAGCCAACACUCCCUUAUCACAUGGGUCGCCGGGCAGCGAAAGAGCGUAGAAAGCUCGAGAAACAACAUCCGUUGAUAAUCAGUAUGUGGAAAGAUUUGGAAAAUAUGCCAGCGAUCGUUCCUCGGCAGGCCGAACAGCCAGCGGGCAUCAACCGCAAGCUCAAGUCCUUUCAGCUAGAAGGCCUCAACUGGAUGAUGCAGCAAGAGAAAACGCACUACAAAGGAGGAUUGUUAGGCGAUGAAAUGGGCAUGGGAAAGACCAUCCAAGCUGUGUCCUUGCUCAUGUCUGACUAUCCAGUGGGGAAACCGUCGCUAGUUGUCGUGCCUCCUGUUGCUUUGAUGCAAUGGCAAUCGGAAAUCAACGAAUACACCAAUGGAAAAUUGAAGGUGCUAGUAUAUCACAACUCGAACCCUAAGGUGAAGCACCUGAAAAGGAAAGAUCUUCUCGGCUACGAUGUUAUCAUGAUCUCAUACUCCGGGCUGGAAUCAAUGUACCGUAAGGAAAUGAAAGGCUGGAAUCGAGAAGAUGGCAUUGUCAAAGAAGACAGUGUGAUACAUUCGAUAGAUUUCCACCGUUUGAUUCUUGACGAAGCACACAGCAUCAAGCAACGCACCACCAGCGUAGCUCGUGCAUGCUUUGCCUUGACGUCCACGUACAAAUGGUGUCUGUCAGGAACACCGGUUCAAAAUCGCAUUGGUGAAUUCUUCUCUCUUCUUCGGUUCCUUGAAGUUCGACCAUUUGCCUGCUAUUUCUGCAAAAUGUGUCAAUGUCAGGAACUGCACUGGUCACAAGAUGCUGAAAAGAGAUGCACCCAUUGUCGUCAUAGUGGAUUCAGUCAUGUUUCGGUCUUCAAUCAGGAGAUUCUUAAUCCAAUCAUGGAAAGUCAUGGGCAGGCCCGCCAUGAUGCCUUGCGCAAGCUUCGUCUUAUCACGGACCGAAUCAUGCUUCGACGUCUGAAGAGAGAUCAUACAUCAUCCAUGGAGCUCCCACCUAAACGUGUCAUUAUACACAAUGAGUUCUUUGGUGAGAUCGAACGCGAUUUCUCUACCAGCAUCAUGACCAACACUACUCGGCAAUUCGACACUUAUGUUAGCCGUGGUGUCAUGCUUAACAACUACGCCAAUAUUUUUGGUUUGAUCAUGCAGAUGCGGCAGGUUGCGAACCAUCCAGAUCUGAUUCUCAAGAAACACGCUGAAGGUGGGCAAAAUGUGCUAUGUGCGAAGGACUACGUGCGUACUUUCGACGUCGAUUCUAUUGUUGACUGCCCUCGAUGCCAUAUUCCUUUGUCAAUUGAUUUUGAGCAGCCUGAGAUUGAGCAAGAGGAGGACGUGGUCAAGAAGAAUUCUAUCAUCAAUCGUAUCCGAAUGGAGGAUUGGACGUCAUCUACGAAGAUUGAGAUGCUUGUAUACGAUCUAUACAAGCUUCGAAGCAAGAAGCAGACACACAAGUCGAUUGUCUUCUCCCAGUUUACAUCGAUGCUACAACUAGUCGAAUGGCGUCUGCGCCGAGCCGGUUUCAAUACAGUGAUGCUAGACGGGAGUAUGACUCCCACACAGCGUCAGAAUUCCAUCGACCACUUCAUGAAGAAUGUCGAUGUCGAAGUGUUCUUGGUGUCUCUCAAAGCUGGUGGAGUGGCUCUGAAUUUGACAGAGGCCUCUCGGGUUUUCAUUAUCGAUCCAUGGUGGAAUCCUGCAGCCGAAUGGCAGAGUGCGGACAGAUGCCAUCGAAUCGGACAACGCCGCCCGUGUGUCAUCACUCGACUUUGCAUUGAGGACUCGGUUGAAUCUCGUAUGGUCGCGCUUCAGGAGAAGAAGGCCAACAUGAUCAAUGGCACAAUCAACAAAGAUCAGGGAGAUGCGUUGGAAAAAUUGACACCGGAGGACAUGCAGUUUUUGUUUCGAGGCUCGUAA